CUGGUUGAGCAAUAUGUCCAGCUCUUAUUUGUUUGAAGCCUGGACUGCCAUUCAGAUUGUAAUGGCGGUGGGUUUAGUACUUAUCGCCAUCAGAUCUAGAUCAUCAAAGAAGAAGAAAUACCCACCAGUUGUGGGUGCAUGGAUGGUUGUGAGGGAUCUUGUUCUGUUCAAGGAUAAGGUGCCUCAUAGGACAUUCUACCAGUGGGCUAAAUGCUAUGGUCCUAUCUAUUCUGUCCGUACUGGCCUUACAUCUGCUGUUGUUGUAUUGAAUUCAGCCAAAGCUGCCAGACAGGUUCUUGAGAAUGUAAGUGUGGGUUGCAGGCCAUGA